AUGAAGAUCAAUAUAUUGGUCAUUGUUGCAUUCUCCUAUUUAGUUGUCCUGCGAUCAUUAAUGGUGAAACAAACACUCAACUACGAGUCAAUAUUUAAUUUUGGAGAUUCUUUAAGCGAUACCGGAAAUUUUCUUAUCUCUGAUAAUGUAAAUUUUCCGGCCAUCAGAAAACCACCAUAUGGUGAAACAUUUUUCAAUCGUUCAACCGGUCGGUUCUGUGAUGGACGUCUCAUCAUUGAUUUUAUCGCUGAGGCCAACGGAUUACCAUACGUUACACCAUAUCUCCAAAGUGUACAAACAAACUUUUCGGUGGAUUUUAGGAAAGGAGCAAAUUUUGCGGUGGCAGGAGCGACGGCGAACGAAUUUAACUUCUUUAAAGAAAGAGGUCUUUCGGUAACAUUGUUGACGAAUAAGACAUUGGAUAUUCAACUUGAUUGGUUCAAGAAGUUGAAACCUUCUCUUUGUAAAACCAAGCCAGAAUGUGAACAAUAUUUUAAGAAAUCUCUAUUUUUCGUGGGAGAAAUCGGUGGAAACGAUUACAAUUACCCUCUAUUAGCAUUCCGAAGUUAUAAACAUGCGAUGGAUUUUGUACCAUUCGUCAUUAACAAAAUCAUCAAUGUCACAAGUGCCUUGAUAGAGGAAGGUGCGGUGACGCUGGUGGUUCCGGGAAACCUUCCAAUUGGUUGUUCGGCGAUUCUAUUAGAGCGGUUCAGUGAUGAUAAUAGAUGGCUCUAUGACUCGACAAACCAAUGUUUUAAGCCAUUGAACUAUAUUGCUAAGCUUCACAAUGAUAAGCUAAAGAAAGGCCUAGAGACUCUAAGACAAAAGUAUCCUCAUGCCAAGAUCAUCUAUGCUGAUUAUUACGGUUCUGCCAUGCAAUUCUUCAACUCACCUGUCAAAUACGGUUUUACUGGAAGUGUCCUAAAAGCAUGUUGUGGAGGAAAAGAUGGAAGAUACAAUGCAAAACCAAGUGUACGGUGCGGUGGAAAGGGUUCAACGACUUGUGAAAACCCCUCAACUUAUGCAAAUUGGGAUGGAAUCCACCUAACCGAGGCGGCGAACCGCCACAUUGCGACUGGUCUCAUCUCCGGCCGGUUCACCAAACCUUCUCUUAAUAGUUUACAAGUUCAAUAG